GUUCGGUCUGAAUAUGCCCUUGAAGUUGAAUGCGGCAGCCUCAGGGGCGCUCAGCGCUUGGUUAUGUGUCCUUGUUUCGUGUUCACAAUACCUCACUCAGAGUAGUCAGGGUACUCAGGGUACUCAGAGUUUGUCUUGGCGGAGCUCCUUGCUGAUUGCCUGAAUGAAGUGAGGGUCGGAGGAGGGACCAGAAACAUCUUUUAAAGAUGGCAGAAACAGGCAUAAUCCCAAUGGGGGCGGGGGGAAUCAUCGACAUUGAGGCUGCCAGGGCUGCGGCGCAGAAGAUGGCUUACAGCCUCAUGGCGGCCCACAAGGGGCUCAACCCGGAUGCCGAACAGGAUACAGCAGCAGCAGCGUCUCAAGUCCCAGGAAAGUCGACAAUCAGCUUUGUCAUUCCUAAGAAUAAGCUAUCCGGCGCCCUAGUGCCGAUCGCUGGACAGGGGGUGAAGUGGCAGUCGGUAGACCCAAAGUCGGAUGAGCCACCAAGGCCUCCCAGGAACACAAAGUGGGGGCCUGACCCCCUGCAAGAUGAGGCUGUGAAGAAGAGCCGCGCGCUAGCGCUACAGCGUCGUGCCGAGCAGAUUCAGGCACAACUAGAGGAGCAGCGGUUUGAAGUGGAGGACGAUGGUUACCGCUCGCCGUCCCCUCCGCCCGUGUACAAUGAGAUGGGGCAGCGAGUCAACACUCGAGAGGGGAGAGUUAAGGAGCAACUAGAGUUGGAAAGAAGGAAGGCGAUUGGGGAAGUUGUGCAGCUGAACCCAUACUUCAAGCCGCCAACCGGGUGGCGGCCUGUCUUGGAGGAAGCCAAGCUGUUCAUACCGGUCAAGCAGUACCCUGGGUACAACUUCAUCGGCCUCAUUCUGGGGCCCAGAGGUAACACGCAAAAGCGGCUAGAGACAGAGACGGGGUGCAAGAUUGCGAUUCGGGGAAAGGGGUCGGAAAAGGACGGCAAGUUCAAGAUGAAGAAUGGGAAGAUGCCGGAGGGCUGGGAUGAGGAGCUGCACGUGCACAUCAGCGCAGACUCGCUGGACAAAGUGGACAAGGCGGUGGCGCUGAUCGAGCCGCUGCUGACGCCGCUGGAUGAGCACCACAACGCCCACAAGCGCAAGCAGCUGAUGGAGCUUGCGGAGAUGAACGGAACGGUGCGCGCGUUUGAUCGGCUGUGCCGCAACUGCGGGGAGCCGGGGCACCCCGACUGGAAGUGCCCGAAGCAGCAGCUGACCACGUUCCUGGCCAAGGUUACGUGCAGCAUCUGCGGGGAUGGGGGGCAUCCCACAGUGGACUGUCCCAGGAAAGGCAUGGGUCAGAACAUGGACAACGAGUUCCAGAACUUCCUUCAGGAGCUCGGUACUGGCCUAGGAGGCGCAGCCCCCGCAGCUGCAGCCACCCCGGCAGCGCAAACAGCGGCCGCUCCAAGUAUGCGGCCACCUUUUGCAAGAAACAACAUCCGGCCUGGCCUGGGCUACGCUCGACCUGCACCUCCCCCCGACUUCCGGCCACCCCCCCCGAUGGAGAAUCCUGCGCUGCCCCGCCCCGACAACUCGGCCCUGCACGCGUCAAAGGCGUUUGCUGGCAUGAGCCCGCUGGACAUUGAAGCGAUUCUGUCGGGCAGGGGGGGCCCUGCGCCCCGGCCGACGCCGCCUCCUGCCCAGGGCCCUCCGCCAAUUUUCCAGGGGGGUCCCCCGCCCCAGUUCCAGCCCCCCAUGAACCGGCCGCCCGGCAACUACAUGUCCGUGCCCCCCCCUCGGUUCGGUGCACCCCUUCCUCAGGGUUUCCAGGGGCCGCCCCCACAGGCCGAGAACAAACUGCCCCCCUGGCUGGCCAACAAGGCGCCGGAGCCGUCAACUAGCGGGCCCCGUCCAUUCCAAAUGUACCCCGCUCAGCAAACUUCGUCUCUUCCCCCCUGGGCGCAGAACCCCCAGAUGCCUGGUCCCGCAAACCCCCCAUGGGGCCAGCAGAGGCCCCCAGCUCCGCAGAUGGGCCAGGCUCCCCCUCCUCAAAUGCCACCCUGGCAGCAAGGCCCUCCCCCGCAAUUUGGUUUUCAGCCUCGGCCGCAGAUGAUGCCUCGGCCUCCUGGCGAGACUGACAAGAAGCUGGCGGAAGAGUAUGAUAAGCUGAUGGCGUCCAUGGGGAUUACAUAAGCAUGUACUGCUGAGGUGUGCAGCGAACUGAGGAUGCUUGAUUGGAGAGUUAGACCAAGUGCAACUUUCGGUAGUUGUAUGCCUCGACGAAGGUUUCUGUCAAAGUAAAAGCAAGGUCCACUUCAGCAAGCCUUGCUUCAAAUGGAAUGCAUUCUUGUUGCUGUUCACAAACAGGAUACGGUUGCAUUAUGCAUGAGCGAGGCAGCAUCUGUUUGACAUACACGAGCAUGUUAUGGUUGCAGCUGAUUAAUGUGGG